CUAAUUCUCACAAAAGAAAUUUGAUGAAAUACAGAUGUUUACACAAGUCAAUACGAAUUUUUUUCUAAUUUGUCUAUCAUAAUGUUUGACUGUUACACAUCUUUACCUUGAAAAUUCCAUCUCAUAAAUUUUCUUUCCUCGCCUAAUAUAAAUACAACCUCAAAUCUCGUGCCACUCCAUUUCCGUACCAGGUACACAUUUACUCCUCUUCACUGUCUUCUCCUUCCCUCUCUUUCAUUCCAAUUCCAUUUUCAUUUUCUCAUUCUAACUCAUAACCCUUUUCAUCUCCACCAUCAUUUUUCUUCACUGCAGAUCUAUCAACCUUCUCAUACUCCCACCCACACACUAACAUAACCCAUACACUAAUUUUUCUUUAAAAAAACACAAAUUUUGUUCUUAAAAAAAACCAUGCGGUUCAAGUUAGGUAAGCGCGUGGUUCGCUUCACACGAUGUUUCUUCCGGAGAUUCCGGACCCGACCCGUUUACGUUCGACUCGGUUCCUCACCGGAGAAGAGUAACAACAACAUGAAGAAGCUCCUAACAUGGGGUCGGAAGUUAACCACAAAAGCGAAGUCUCUAUGUACGAAGAAAAACUCCGGUUAUUUACCGGUUGGGACCGACCCGGUUCAGGGAAGCGGGUCAACUGUUCCGAAGGGUUAUUUAGCGGUUUACGUGGGUCAGAAAGACGGUGAGUUUCGUCGGGUUUUGGUGCCGGUGGUUUAUUUCAACCACCCUUUGUUCAGUGAGUUGUUGAAAGAAGCUGAGAAGGAGUAUGGGUUUUAUCACCAAGGUGGGAUAACGAUUCCGUGCCGGGUCAACGAGUUUGAACGGGUUAAGACCCGAAUAGAAUCCGGGUCGGGUGUACGGAAUUUUACUAGGAGGAGGCUUCGUUGAAAGCGGUGAUGGUUGUCUUUUUGGUGAGUUGAUGGGUAAAAAGGUCUUUUUAUAUUUUUUUGUUUUAAUUUAAAUUAGGUUCUAGUUUUUUUUAUAUUUUAAAAUGGCGUGUUUGAAAAUUUUCAAAUAGUUUUUGUCUUAGCUAGCUAUUUGCAUAUUUGUGGAAUACCGUGUGUAAAUGAAAUGACAUUUAUUGAUAAAAAUUAUAUGAAAUUUAGAAAGUAAGUAUUAAACAUUA